AUGUCGAGAUUCGGUUCCCUUCAAGCCAUCCCCCGACAACUGCUUCGGACCUCGGUCCACCUCCGUGCUGGCCUUCAAGGUGCCCGGACCACCAUCAGCAGAAGCUAUGCGACUGCCAACGACCAACGCCCAUCCCAACCGACUCAGCCUACAUUCGAUAACCGCGUGAAGAUUGUGGAAGUCGGCCCUCGUGAUGGAUUGCAGAAUGAAAAGAAGUCGAUACCGCUGGCGACCAAGAUCGAGUUGAUCGAGAGGCUCGCAAAGACGGGACUCCAGACCAUCGAGGCCGGUGCUUUUGUCUCGCCCAAGUGGGUGCCACAGAUGGCCAACUCUGACGAGAUCCUCGAACACCUCCUCAAGACCCCUCCUCCCUCCCCCGUCCCUCUAACCUUCUCCUUCCUGGCCCCCAACACCAAAGGUCUCGACUCCGCCCUCUCCAUCCUCGGCAAAUACCCCGAUGCCUACGAGACGGAAACCACCCGCUCCGGCAAAUCUGCCCAAGAAGGCGGUAAGCCGGCCCUUGAAAUCGCCGUCUUUGCCGCCGCCACCGAGUCCUUUUCGCAAAAGAACCUCAACUGCUCCAUCGACGCUUCUUUGCGACAGUUCAAGGAAGUGAUCCAGCAAGCCAAGCAAGCCAACCUGCGCGUGCGCGCUUACAUCUCGGUCGUUUUGGGGUGCCCCUUUGAAGGCUACGACGUCGACCCCCACCGCGUAGCCACCAUCGCCACCGAUUUGUUGGAAAUGGGCGCCGACGAGAUUUCUUUGGGAGACACCACAGGCAUGGGCACCGCUCCGCGCACCAAGGAGUUGCUGAACUGUCUGUCUUUGGCGGGAAUCCGCAACGAGGACCUGGCGAUGCAUUUCCACGAUACCUACGCGCAGGCGCUGGUCAACACGGCGGUGGCGCUGGAGCACGGGAUUCGGACGUUUGAUAGCAGUGUGGGCGGGCUGGGUGGGUGUCCGUAUAGUCCCGGGGCAACGGGGAACGUGGCGACGGAGAAUGUGGUGUAUUUCAUGGAGAGCUUGGGCAUGGAUACGGGCGUGGAUCUGGAUCGGGUGGCGGAUAUUGGGGAUUGGAUCACGAGAGAGAUUGGGAAGCCCAAUGAUAGUGUGGUGGGUAAGGCGGUGUUGGGUGCGAGGAAGAGGGAGAAGAAGGAGAAUGGGGAUGCCGAGGCUCCCCAGACGUGAAACAGGCACACUGAUGUUAUGAUGUAUAUAUGGGUUAUGAAAUUGUAUGUACUGUAUUCAUAGUAUUCAAUGGAAAUGGAGUUGGUUGGUCUGAACGUCGAGGUGCGAAAGUUUGCUUAGGGGACUUGAGUGGACGAGGAAACAAGGACUCAAGAAGUGGUUGACAUCGACCCCAGCCACCACCAAGAGCACAUAUAUAGAUAGCCGGCAGACUGCGCAUGAGAAUUGAUGAAAACAAAAAAACA